AUGGAGUUAGUUACAGUAGAUAAAACCGCCGAGAUCGUUAACGAGUACCGCAAGUACAAUGCGUCGUCGGCGCGUGAUGACGUUGAGUCAGGACGGGACUCUUCAUCUGGUGACGAAUCAAAUAGCGAUGGCGAUGUUGGGGCAUACGCUAACAAGGGCGUGUCCUCCCCUCCAAAACCAAAGGAGAGGCGCGUGAGGCGCUUAGAUGACAUCGGUCCCAAAGCCGGCCAGAAAGAGGACAAGCGUGACAACCGAAAGGGGCGUAAGCGCCGUCAACAAAAGAGAGGCACUACUUCCCAUGCUGCGUCUGAAGGCGACGAGGAGGUCGAGGACGGCGGACCCGUCAAAGAAGCUCCGUCAGCAGGCAGGCGUGCAGGACAAUGCGGUAGAUGUUAUGACCGUAGCGGGAGGGCUGCGGAGUAUCAUGGCAGUCCAUCUGGCCGCCUAGGAAUGUCUGCGCGUGGCGACGAGCAGGAACAUGGUGAGCUUGAAGGGCGUGGUGGUGGAAAGCGCAACAACGUGAAGGCGGCGGCGGCAAAGGGCAGUCCCUCGGGGAGGCUCUCGCAGGAGGUGGCUGGUGGCGACGAGCAGGAACAUGGCGAGCUUGAAGGGCGUGGUGGUGGAAAGCGCAACAACGAGAAGGCAGCGGCGGCGGCCAAGGGCAGUCCCUCGGGGAGGCUCUCGGAGGACGUGGCUGGUGGCAACGAGCAGGAACAUGGCGAGCUUGAAGGGCGUAGUGGUGGAAAGCGAAACAAUGCGAAGGCGGCGGCGGCAAAGGCCAGUCCCUCGGGGAGGCUCUCGCAGGAGGUGGCUGGUGGCGACGAGCAGGAACAUGGCGAGCUUGAAGGGCGUGGUGGUGGAAAGCGCAACAACGAGAAGGCAGCGGCGGCGGCCAAGGGCAGUCCCUCGGGGAGGCUCUCGCUGGAUGUGGCUGGUGGCGACGAGCAGGCGCUGCCCAGGCCCGUUAUAGAAGGGCUAGCAGAGCAGCGAGGUGGUGGCGGUAUCGAUCAGGAUGAGGACAAGCCUGCGGUAGUGACUGCUGGGAAAGAACAUGGACCCACCGACACGUAUGCUGCGUUACGCGAGCAGAUGGAUUCGUCUGGGAAGGGAGAUCCGAUCGCUUGGGGGUCAGCGCGGUUUGGCACGGAAGCGACGGACCCGCAUGCAAAGCUUUCGGGGGGUCACGCGGUUCAGGUGAAAAUCGAGGGAGCAACGAAGCGGCACGAACCCUCGGCCGCCGCAGCAGCCAAUGACGGUGUGGGAGGAGGUGUGUGGGCGAAUUCCUUGGGUGAAUGUGGCGGCGGUGUGGAAGGCUCCAUGUGGGAUGUACGGGAUAGCAGGGGAGAAGGACGAGACUUGAAAAUGGAUCCGGCGACUAAGGAGGGGAGGGGCGAGAGCAUGGGCACACCUGGCGCAUCCAGUCGGCCCAAUGUGGCUGGCGGCAAGACGGUGGAGCAGCUCAUUUGGGAGCUUGCCCAGCGGGAUCGCGAAAUUGCGGCACUCAAGGCAAGGCCAGGAGCCAAAGGACCUGUCAAACCCUGCACCCCUCCGUCUAGGCCUCCUCGUAUUGCGUCUCUGUCGAGCGGCCCAUCUGCAGUGGGCCUCGAUCCAGGCGUGGCGCCAGAAAGCCCAUCGACGGUAGACGUACCGGUCCGUCGAACGCGUGGGAUGCCCAAGCCCAAGCUGCUGAAGAGCCCCUGUUCAUGGCGCUGCUUGUCUGGUAUGGGUGGCAUGCGGCGCAGAGAUAGCAGCAGCCCUCUCUGUCAUCCCUACACGCCCAAUCCCUUCUUUCCGCUUGCUCCCCCCCCCCUCUCUAUCCCACCCCUCCCCCUCCUCUUCCAGAGCCCCUCUAAACAGUGCUGCUGGUCUGGUGUGGGUGGCAUGCGGCGCAGAGAUAGCAGCAGCACUCUCUGUCAUCCCCACGUGCCCAAUCCCUUCUUUCCGCUUGCUCCUCCCCCCCCCUCUCUAUCCCACCCCUCUCCCUCCUCUUCCAGAGCCCCUCUAAACGGUGCUGCUGGUCUGGUGUGGGUGGCAUGCGGCGCAGAGAUAGCAGCAGCACUCUCUGUCAUCCCCACGUGCCCAAUCCCUUCUUUCCGCUUGCUCCCCCCCCCCCCCUCUCUAUCCCACCCCUCUCCCUCCUCUUCCAGAGCCCCUCUAAACGGUGCUGCUGGUCUGGUGUGGGUGGCAUGCGGCGCAGAGAUAGCAGCAGCACUCUCUGUCAUCCCCACAGCCCCUCUAAACGGUGCUGCUGGUCUGGUGUGGGUGGCAUGCGGCGCAGAGAUAGCAGCAGCACUCUCUGUCAUCCCCAUAGCCCCUCUAAACGGUGCUGCUGGUCUGGUGUGGGUGGCAUGCGGCGCAGAGAUAGCAGCAGCACUCUCUGACAUACCCACAGCCCCUCUAAACGGUGCUGCUGGUCUGGUGUGGGUGGCAUGCGGCGCAGAGAUAGCAGCAGCACUCUCUGUCAUCCCCACAGCCCCUCUAAACGGUGCUGCUGGUCUGGUGUGGGUGGCAUGCGGCGCAGAGAUUGCAGCAGCACUCUCUGUCAUCCCCACAGCCCCUCUAAACGGUGCUGCUGGUCUGGUGUGGGUGGCAUGCGGCGCAGAGAUUGCAGCAGCACUCUCUGUCAUCCCCACAGCCCCUCUAAACAGUGCUGCUGGUCUGGUGUGGGUGGCAUGCGGCGCAGAGAUAGCAGCAGCACUCUCUGUCAUCCCCACAGCCCCUCUAAACGGUGCUUCUGGUCGCGUGUGUGGCAUGCGGCGCAAGCGUGUAGCGGGCCGGGCUGCAGCGGGGCCAUCCGUUGGUUCUUCUCCCACACUCCCCUUCUCCCGCCCCCCGUUUAACUCCCGCCCUCCUCUUCUCUCCCGCCACCCCCUUCUCUCCCGCCCUCCCUUCCUCUACCGCCCUCCCCUUCUCUCCCGCCCUCCCCUUCUCUCCCGCCCUCCCCCUAUCUCCCGCCCACCCCUACUCUCCCGCCCUCUCGCCAUUCAUUCCCCCCCGUCCUCGAUGUUCAUCCAUACCCUUUGGACAACCCUAAACCAUGAGUCAUGCAUGAUCACGGAUGUCUCAUGCUUCCCCGCAUUCUCAUACAUGCGCGCAGGAGGGAAACAGCGGAUUGACCAGGGCCUAUCAAAGGUUAAGAGGACUGACUGGAACGUCUCCAACUCCCACCGGAAGAACAGUGAAUGGAUGGGGGGUUUGCACCGUAAUGUGCGGUGGAUUAUCAAGGACCACUUCACACGCCACACCCCCGUGUACAACACAGACAUGAAGGGCUUCAAGUGGGGCGACCGUGGGCUGUAUGUUCACGAGUCAGGAUUUGAGGCCUUCCGGGGGAAGGCUGAGCUUGAUGCCGAAACGAAGGACCUGAAGGAGGAAGAAAAGGAGGUGUACGACUCGGAGGACAUGGAGGAGGAUAAGGAGGAGGAGGAUGAGGAGGAGGAGGAGGAGGAGGAGGAGGAUGACGAGGAGGAGGACGAGGAGGAGGAGGAGGAGGAGGAGGACGAGGAACAGUGGGGGCAGGAGCAGAGGAAGAGGAAAAGGCACAAGAGACCUAGGGCAGGCGGGAGGGAUGAGGAAGAGGAUGAGAAACGGGGGGGGCAAGAGCUUAGGAAGGGCAGAAGGCACAAGGGAGGGAAAACCAGGGGAGGCAGGAGGGAAGCGGACGAGGAAGAGGAGAAGGAAGAGGAGCUGGGGGAUAAGAAACAGGGGGGGCAGGAGCGGAGGAAGGGCAGGAAGCACAAGAGAGGCAGAGGGCAGGGAAGCAGGAGGGAAGAGGAAGUGGAGGAAGAUGAGGAAGAGGAGGAGCAGGAGGAUGAGAAACAGGGGGGCCAGUCGCGGAGGAAGGGUAGAAAGCACAAGAGAGGCAGAGGCAAGGGAGGUUGGAGGGAAGUGGAAGAGGAGGAAGAGGAGGAAGAGGAGAAAGAGGAGGAAGAGGAUGAGGAUGAGGAUGAGAAGCAGGGGGGCCAGGAGCGGAGGAAGGGCAAAAGGCACGAAAAUGGCAAAAGAAGGGGAGGCAAGAGGGCCAAAUGA